AUGCGUGGUCACUUGAUUCCCAUCCUCCUCAUGACGAUGGUCAACGCAUUGCCACAAUCCGUGGUCCCUCCCACCGAUGCUGCAGCCACCGCGGUGGGAAAAGGAAAGUUUACAAUCAGAAGCAAUCUCUCAAUCCACGCUCGGGCCAAUAGACUCAUACCGGUUGUGGUCGGUGGUGUCCAAGACGUUUUUGUGCCAAAUUUUGUGACUGCGGCAGUCGGUGAUGUUAUUCAAUUCCAAUUCAGCGCGGGAAACCACACCGUUACAGAGAGCACCGCAGAUGCCGCAUGUCAGCCGCUGCAGGCAACGGUGCCAGAGGCCAUCCAUAGUGGCCACAUCCCCUUUGAGACUGGUUCUACAAUGGUUGGCACCUUCAACAUGCCGGUGACCACUACAGACCCCGUUUUCAUCUAUUGCGCCACCGGACCUCAUUGCCAAGAGGGCCAGGUCAUGAUUGUGAACCCGACGAGCGAACAACAGCUCUUGGACUAUGCAGAGCUCUCCGCGGCCACAGAGGCAAGCGUGGACGGCACAACGGUCUCCGGUGGCACAGUCGGCCAGAUACCCCUGGCGGAUGCCGCAUUUACUGCACCACCAGCCGAAGAAGAAGCUCCUGCAGCUCCUGCGGCUUGA